AUGGCGGCCUCCCACGCCGGGCCGGUGGAGCUGGGCUUCGCCGAGGCGGCGCCGGCGUGGCGGCUGCGCAGCGAGCAGUUCCCCAGCAAGGUGGGCGGGCGGCCGGCGUGGCUGGGCCAGAGCGGGCUGCCGGGCCCCGCGGCGCUGUCCUGCCCGGCGUGCGGCCGGCCGCUGGCCUUCGUGCUGCAGCUGUACGCCCCGCUGCCGGGCCGCGCCGACGCCUUCCACCGCGGCCUGUUCCUCUUCUGCUGCCGCGCGCCGCCCUGCUGCGCCGGCCUGCGAGUGUUUAGGAAUCAGCUGCCCAGGAAGAAUGACUUUUUCUCCUUCGAGCCGCCCCCGGAGGACCCGCCGCCCGACACAGGACCCGCCGUCGUGUGCCUCCAGCUCCAAUCGGGGGCUCAUCUCUGCAGAGUCUGCGGCUGCCUGGCCCCCAAAACUUGCUCCAGAUGUCACGGGGCACAUUACUGCAGUAAAGAACAUCAGACUCUGGACUGGAAGUUGGGACAUAAGCAGGUCUGUACGCAGUCAGAUAAUUUCAGCAGUACAAUUCCAGACCACAACUUCCUUUUUCCAGAAUUUGAAAUUGUAAUAGAAACAGAAGAUGAGAUUACUCCCAUUGGUGUGGAAAAAGAGGACUCGGAGAUCAUAGGGAGCAUGGCUGAAGCAUCUGAAGAAGAAUUAGAAUCAAUGGCAAAGCAUGAAUCCAGGGAAGAUAAGAUUUUCCAGAAGUUUAAGAAUAAGAUAGCCCUUGAGCCUGAACAGAUUCUCAGGUAUGGCAGAGGAAUCACCCCCAUCUGGAUUUCUGGUGAAAAUAUCCCUCAAGAAAAGGAUAUUCCUGAUUGCCCCUGUGGUGCAAAGAGAAUAUUUGAAUUUCAGGUCAUGCCUCAGCUGCUCAACUACCUGAAGGCUGACAGACUGGGCAAAAGUGUUGACUGGGGAGUUCUGGCAGUCUUCACCUGUGCUGAAAGCUGCAGACUGGGCACUGGAUACACAGAGGAGUUUGUUUGGAAGCAAGAGAUCACAGAUAACACCUUAGAGACACUGUCAAAUACUGAUCAGCCUCAGACAAUUGAGGUGUAGAAUUCUGUCUUGAAGUGGUAUCAGAGUACAGAUAGAGGGAUGUUUUUAAGUGUCAUACUCUUCAUCUGGACAAAUUGUACUGGAAAGAAAUACAUAUUUCUCUUAAGUGUUUGUACAUUAUAUUACUAUUAUAGACCAGGUGGGGAGUCUUCUUUUUUUCCCCUUGCUGGGGACCAUUGCAUAUGUAUAAUGUCAUUCUUGAGUCAUGUAAUGGCACAGAUGGACCACACAUGGGCCACAGACAGCUAAUACUCUCCACAGUCCUGCCCUCAAGAUUGUGGGCCUCACACAGUCUGCUGGUUUGGACAAUCCCAGCCCUGUUCAUACCA